AUGAAUCCUCUUUUCCUUGAGCAAACUAUACCUGAUAUUGUUGUGGAUCUUCUUUCUUAUGAUGAAUCAGCAUAUAAAAGAGUGUUAGAUCAUUAUUUCACUGAUGACGCAGCCUUAUCCCAUCCGUUCUUGACUGUUAAUGGCACUCAUAAUAUUCGUAAGGUUUUUCGUGUUUGGACUACUUUCAAUAAACAAGAACCUGAAUUCCAAAGAGAGGAUAUAAUUUUCGAUGGAGCCAUGGCCGUGGUUUCCUAUAAGCAACAUUUACGUCCAAGAAUAUUUCCCUUAAUCCAUUUUGUCGUACCUUCUAUAACAACACUUAGGUUUCAUCAAGAAAACGAUGGACUUCUCUACAUUUGUAAACAAGAAGAUAGUUGGACCCUUGAAGGUCUUAUUCAAAGCGUUCCUUUAGUCAAUUGGUUUUAUGAAAAUCUCAUUCGUAAGCUAGUUGUUGGACGUUUAAUUACCGGGACUGUUCCUUUUGAUAUUGAUAUUUUUGACGCAAAGAUGCAAGAUAUUGAUAUUGGAACGGAAUUUAGUCCUUAUGAACCUUAUACUCACCGUUUACGUAAAAUUCUUGAGGAAGAAUAUCCUGAUGGUUCACAAGUUAUUCGUGAAAUUCUUCAGAAUUCUGAUGAUGCCGGGAGCACUGAGCAAAUUUUCAUUUUGGAUCAUAAUACUUAUCAAUCGAACAGCUUGCUUCAAGCUACCUUUAAAAAUCUUCAACGACCAAAUUUGAAACUUGAUAGAUAUCAAGGUCCAGCAUUAUUGGCAAAAAAUACUUCUACCUUUGGAAAAAGGGAUUUUCAAUCUUUGUUGAAAUUGGCUGAUAGUGAAAAACGCGAUCAAUAUGAUAAGAUUGGAGUGAUGGGUGUCGGUUUCAAUUCAAUUUAUCAUAUUACUGACUCCCCAUCUUUCAUCACUGGUGAUAAAUACGUUAUUCUUGAUCCACAUAAAUGGUGUUUUAAUGGUGGCAUCAGAUUUGAAUUUGUCGAAAAGAAAUUGUCCGAAAGAUAUCCUGACCAAUUUGCCCCUUUUAAUAUCCCGUGUGAUAAACCAUUUGACGGCACCAUAUUUCGUUAUCCUCUACGUACUAAAGAGGACUCUGCUGAUUCGGAAAUUUCUAAUAAAGUUUAUAAGCCUGAAGAAAUCUUGGACAUGUUUCAUAAAUUUUACAAUGAUGAAAGCAUUAAUUGCUUACUGUUUUUAAAAUAUAUUGAGCGUAUUUCUUUUUAUGAAUUAAAAAAGGACGCCACAAAACUUGAAUCGUUAUAUACUAUUGAACUGGAAAAUGCUGACAAGGUUCGAGAACAACGUCGUCUGUUAGCGGAAAAAAUUGGACCAAUGAUGACCAAAUUAAAAUUGGGUCAACUUAAAGGCAACAAUCAAUUAGUUACAUCUUACGUUGCAUCAUUUUGCCGUCAAAAAAAUGAUGAUCCCGAGAAAAGUUCAUGGUUAAUUUUGAAUUAUCUUGAUGACUUACUUGAAACGGAUGAAUAUUUUCACGAAAACUUUAAAAAAAAUAUAAGAGAUCACAAAUUUAUUCCUAACGUUGGCUUAGCCAUUCCUUUAAAAGAUAUAAAAGAUAAAGGAAAAUUAUUUUGCUUUUUACCCCUUCCCAUUCAUAUGCCUUUUCCUGUUUCCGUGCACGGAUAUUUCGCGAAAUUCUUCUCGAAACCUCAAGAUUGCCAUUGUCAAAAAGAUAAAGAUUUAGUUUGUCUGUUUGCUCCAAUACUUGAAUCUGAAGUUAAGAACAACAACUUUUUAAAUCAUUUGAAAUGGAAUACUUAUCCCGAUGUUGAAAAAGUUAUAAAACAGUAUGAAUUAUGUUACGAUGGAGUAUUUAAAAAGAAACCACAAAAGAAUUUAGAGAAGUAUUGUCACGCGAUUUACAAAUAUAUGAAUGAAAUUUGUCAAGUAAAUGAUAAGAAUUCAAAGGAAGGUUUCAAUAAGAUGAAGAAGGUUUUGGAAAACAAACCGUGGAUUUUGUGUAAAAAGACAUUUUAUUCAGUUGAUAAAGUUGUUUUUCGUCUUCAAAGAGAAUUUCAAGUUGAAAAUUUCUUAAUUGUUGAACUUCCAAUAAGAUAUACAAGCGAAUUCAUGCCUUUAUUUAAAACUAUGGGAGUUCGAGAAGAGGUCGGAAUCAAGGACUUAGUUUUGAUUAUUAAGAAUAUAAGUAUAGAAAAUAAUGCAGAUGAUGCUAAAGCCACACGGUUUUCGGUAAUAUUAGAUGAAAGACCGAAAUUUCAGCACGAAGCUUCUAAAAAAUCUUUAUUGUCAGACGAAAUGGAUAGUUGGCAAGGUCCUGCAAUAUGGAUAUAUAACGAUGCUGAAUUUUCUGAGGAUGAUUUUCAGGCUUUGAUAAAACUUGGAGUUGGAGGAAAAUCUAAAGAUAUCAAUAAAAUCGGAAGGUUUGGACUUGGAUUCAAUUGUGCCUUUAAUAUUACAGAUUUACCUAGCCUUGUAAGUGGAAAGCAUAUUGUAUUUCUAGAUCCACAUGCAAAAUUUCUUCCAUCAAUAGGGUAUCCUCCCAUAAAACGAAAGGGUUUCCGAAUUAAUUUUAUUGAAAAGGAAUUUAAGAGGCGUUUUCCAGAUCAAUGUUAUCCUUAUGAGGCGAUAGAGAGUUGCGAUUUUUCAAAACAAUUCAAAGGAACAUUGUUCAGACUUCCACUUAGAACGGAAAUAAGUGACAUUUCGAAUCGAAUUAUAGAAAUCAAAGAAAUCUUGCAACUAUUUAAUAGUGUCCAGGGUAAUAAAGAGAUGAUCUUUUUAAGGAAUAUAGAAUCCUUUAAUCUAUAUAACAUAAAAGAACAAGAACCAGCUCCUCAACUAAUAUGGCAAGCGCAAAUUAAGAUAAAAGAUAAUCAUCGCGAUAUUCGUAAAAGGAUAACUGAUACAUUUCAUAUAUAUCAGUUUGCGUUAGAUAUUAAGAAAUUUGAUAGUACUGAAAACGAAAAUGUUUUGGAAGUAUGGGCACUUUGUACAGGAGGACAUGAAAAAAUCAAUCCAGAAUUUGAAAAUUUUUCGAUCGAAAAUCAUCUCAAGUUUCCAAAUCCACCCGAACUAGAAGGAGAAAUCUUUUCUUUCUUAUCUUUAUCAAUAAUUACCAAAUUGGGUGUACAUUUAAAUGGAAAUUUUUCUUUAUCUAGUUCAAGAAGUAAUGUUCUACAGUCCGAGAAAGAUUUCUUGCAAGCUGAUUCAAGACCAGUAAUUCCUAAUAAAUCACUCAAAGCUUUGGUGAAGGCUAGUGAUUUAUAUGACAGAUCUAUUCCUUUAUUCCAUUUAGUCUUCGAAGAUAUUGAACAACUUAUACCAACAGAAUUACAUGACCCCGUUUAUCUUGAAGCUCUUGGUAGAAUUGGACUUAAGCGUCAUGUGAAUA